UGUUUCAUCCAAUACGAUACCCAAACGUCAGACUCAGAUCUGCCUGUGUAUUAUAAAAGUUUUUUUUAAAGUAAACAUUUAUCAAAACAUUUAAAUAACUUUGUGAUAAUAAGCCACUAAAGUGUUUUAUUUAUUGCGCAUCUUAUUGAUUAAGACCGUGUUACGUAAGCUGAGAUACGGCGAAAAGCCGGCGGCGGGCAAGUACAAUAAAAUGAUUCUUUCACGAAUUGACACAACUCGCAUUUGUAAAUUCUAUACAAUUGUAUCAAGAAAUAUGCAAUUGCUCAGAAAUCAGGCUUAUAUAAAUGGGCAAUGGGUGAGCGCCGACAGCAAUUGUGUAUUUCCGGUGCUCAAUCCUGCGGAUGAUAGUGUAAUAACAGAUGUACCGGAUAUGGAUGUUUUCGAUGCCAAGAAAGCGAUCGAGACUGCCUCAAAUGCUUUUGAAAGCUGGAAAAAUACUACCCAGAAGGAGCGCUCCUAUAUUCUCAGAAAGUGGUAUGGUAUUUGUCAAAAAAAUACUGAUUAUUUAGCCGAAAUUAUAACAGCCGAAUCUGGUAAACCACUUUCGGAAGCUAAAGGCGAAGUAGCUUAUGGUAAUUCGUUUCUAGAAUGGUUUGCUGACACCGCAAGGCAUAUAAAUGGUGAAGUGUUAACUAGCCCAUGGCCAAAUAAACAAAUUAUGGUAACUAGACAUCCUGUUGGAGUUGUAUCUGUUAUCACACCUUGGAACUUUCCUUUUGCAAUGAUCACACGUAAGGUUGGCGCUUUAAUGGCUGCGGGGUGCACCUGUGUUAUUAAACCAUCGGAAGAUACACCAUUAGCUGCUUUAGCUGCUGCUGAGUUAGCAGAACAAGCUGGAGUACCAAAAGGUGUUAUUAAUGUGGUAACAACAAGCAGAAAAAAUGCUCCUGAUGUGGGCAAGGUAAUGUGUGAACAUCCCAAUAUUAGAUGCAUAUCUUUUACCGGCUCUACUCAUGUGGGAAAAAUUCUGUAUGGAAUGGCGGCUAAGGGAGUGAAAAGGGUAGCUUUGGAAUUGGGUGGAAAUGCUCCCUUUAUUGUAUUUUCAAGUGCUGAUAUAGAAAAUGCAUUAAAUCAAGCAAUGUCCGCUAAAUUCAGGAACAAUGGUCAAGCAUGUGUUGGUGCAAAUAGAUUUUUAAUUCAUGAAGAUGUGUAUGAUAAGUUUGUUGCUGGUUUUAAGGAACAUAUCGGCAAGAAAUGCAUCUUAGGCCCUGGUACAAAGGCAGAUGUAACUUGCGGGCCAUUAAUUAAUGAUAUGCAAGCCCAGAAAGUGUCCGGAUUGGUGGAUGAUGCUGUUAAGCAAGGUGCAAAACCAUUGAUUGGUGGAAAAUUCUCCAAACUUGGGAAUAAAUUCUAUGAAUCAACAUUGCUGGUUGAUGUUAAACCUAACAUGUCAAUUUAUGGAGAAGAGAUAUUUGGUCCAGUCGCUGUUUGCCUUAAAUUUAAAACUGAAGAGGAAGUUGUUGAAAUGGCAAAUAGUACAAAUAGUGGACUUGCAGCGUAUGUGUUUACACGGGAGCUUGGUCAAGCAUUUAGGAUGUCUCGGCAGUUGGAGUUUGGGAUGGUUGGUAUAAAUGAUGGCAUCCUCUCAGCAGCUGAACCACCAUUUGGAGGAGUAAAAGAGUCGGGUAUAGGAAGAGAAGGAAGUAAACAUGGCAUUGAAGAAUACACAGAUCUUAAAUAUACUUUAUUUUCAGGAUUAAAUAUGUAAUCCAUCUAUUGUUAAUUGAUAUUAGCUUUAAUAAUUGCCAUAUUAUGUAACUCUAUGGAAUGCAUACAUCUUGAUACUGUAAUAAUGUAAUUCUUUAGUUAAAAUAGGAUUGUUUAUGACAAAAUAUAUAGUUAGAUUUAGAUGUUUAAGUUUUGGCUUGUAAUUUUUCUUCUAUUGUUGAAAUGUAUUAAAUAUAAGCUAAACCAUUCCAGUCUUCCAUUAUAAUGUGAUGAUAUAGGAUUAUAAGAACAAAAUACUCUAAGGAAAACAAUAUGCAUUUAUUCAUGAAUUUUCUUAUUCAAUUUAAAGUUAAAUUAUUUAAAUCUUAUAAUUUUGGAGCUAAAGAACAGUUAUUAAAUUUUAUAUAUGUUAAAAUUCUUU